AUGACUGAAGACAACCAACAUUCAACCAAACGAAGUAAUCAUACGUGGACUGCCGAGGAGGAUAAAGUCCUGGUGGAAUGUCUCAUUGACAUAGGGUCUAUUUGGAAAGGGGAAAAUGGUUUUAAAUCUGGAUUUUCGGGUGCUAUAGAGAAGCUCAUGCAUCAAAGGAUACCUUUUUGUACCCUCAGAGGUAUCCCUCAUAUCACAUCCCGGGUUAAGUUGUUAAAAAAACAAUACAAUGCUCUCGCUGAAAUGAUCGGCCCUAACGGUGGGAGUGGGUUUGGAUGGAGUGAUACAAAAAAAAUGAUAGAGGUGGAAAGAGAGAUAUUCGAUGACUGGGUGAAGAGCCACCCUAGUGCUAAGGGUUUGUACAAUAAAUCAUUCCCACACUAUGACAGCUUAGGAGCAGUCUUCGGAAAAGAUGUAGCUCGUGGUCUUAAUGCAGAGGAGCCAACAGAUACGGUUAACCAAAUGCAGCAACAGGCUGCUAUGAAUGCAGACAAUGGGAUUGGGUUUGAUGAGUACAUUGACAUGACUGGAGACUACAUCCCCACACCUAUCAAUGUUGAUACUACAAUGCCCGAUCUCCCACAAGAGGAGGUCAUGCCACCAUCUCCUGUAUCGACUGCUGCUACAACGAGGGGUAAGAAACGUCAGCGAAGUGAAGAUCCAUUGCUUGUGGAAGUUGUAGAUGUUAUGAAGGAUCUCAGUCAAAAUUACAGGAAGUCAAAAGAUAGUAUUGAUAAGUUGGUAGGGUGCUUUCAAUACAAUGCUGAAGGUAGCCAUAGGCGAAUGUCAAUAAUGACAGAACUAGAGAAGUUUGAAGAAUUGACAGAGGAACAACAGGUUCAUGUUGCUGUGCAAUUGGGUAGGGAUAGCAAUCUCACAGAUGUCUUCAUGCAAUGCAGUCACAGUAAGCGAGCUGUUUUGGUGGCUGGAUUGUUGGCCCUUCAUCAGUGA